AGGGGAGGAGGAUACAAGAUAGAUAAUGAGCUUGACAAUACACAAAUACAGAGUGUCAUUUACUGGAGCGUCAGGACCGACUGAAUGGUUAGCCUGUGGGGUGGAAAGAGCAUCCAAUGAGUCUCACAUGCCUGAAAGGAUAAUGGCAUUUUUAUUAUCUCAUUCCACGCCCUGAUCAUCCGUCCAUUUGCUCGCUGGAGCUGCCAGCAGUUUGCACUGAUUCAUACGCUGCAGACAUGAUCAGCAGAUCAUACUGCAGGCAGAACUCAUCAAGCCUUUCCAAGCUGUCCUACCAGAGAAAUGAUGACGAUGACGAAGAAGCCGCCAGAGAACGUCGCCGACGGGCUCGACAGGAGAGGCUGCGGCAAAAGGAAGAAGGAGAUCUGUCAGGAGAAGUCACGGAGAAAUCAGAAGUUAAUGCCCAAAACAGUGUGGCAGGAGAGGAAAGCAAGCGUUCUACAGAUGAUGAAGCUGCACUGUUGGAGAGACUGGCAAGACGGGAGGAGAGACGCCAAAAACGUCUACAGGAAGCCCUGGAACGUCAGAAGGAAUUUGACCCCACAAUCACAGAUGGGAGCUUGUCACUGCCCAGCAGGAGAGAAGUAAACAACGUGGAAGAAAACGAGACCACGGGGAAAGAGGAAAAGGCUGAAACACGCGGAGGACACUGUGAGAUUGAGGAAACAGAAACAGUUACCAAAUCAUAUCAGAGGAACAACUGGAGGCAAGACGGGGAAGAGCAAAAGAAAGAAGAAAAAGACAAGGAGGAGGUACAGGAGGAUAAAACAAAGGAGGUCCCUGUAGAGGAAAAUCAGAUAGACAUGACAGCAGAAAAACCCACAGAUAAAGAAGGAGUAGAAACAAAAAGUCUAGCUACAAAUGCAGAGGAACACAAAGCAGAGAAUGAUACAAAUGUCGUACCAGAAGGGACGCCAAGUCUAACUGACACAGUAGAUAAAGAGAAGCUUAGGGAUGAGGACAAGGCUGAGGAAGAAAGGAAGGAAGCAGAAGAAAGGGAGAGGUUAAAAGCAGAGGAAGAAAAGAGGGCAGCUGAGGAAAAACAGAAAGCAGAGGAAGAAAAGAGGGCAGCUGAGGAAAGAGCUAAGGCAGAAGAAGAGAAGAGGGCAGCUGAGGAGAGGGCUAAAGCAGAAGAAGAGAAGAGGGCAGCUGAGGAGAGGGCUAAGGCAGAAGAAGAAAAGAGGGCAGCUGAGGAGAGGGCUAAGGCAGAAGAAGAAAAGAGGGCAGCUGAGGANGCUAAGGCAGAAGAAGAAAAGAGGGCAGCUGAGGAGAGGGCUAAGGCAGAAGAAGAAAAGAGGGCAGCUGAGGAGAGGGCUAAGGCAGAAGAAGAGAAGAGGGCAGCUGAGGAAAGGGCUAGAUUAGAAGCAGAGAAAUUAAAGGAAAAACAAAAAAUGGAAGAACAGAAAAUACAGGAUAAGCAGGUAAAAGAUAAGAAAGCGCAAGAGGAAAAACCCCAAGCAGUAAAAAAACAGGAGGAAGAAAAGGAGGUUAGAGUGGAAGCUAAAAGGGAAAAGUUACCAGAAGAGAAGCUCCAACCUACCUCCAGGAAAGAUCAGGUAAAAGAUGACAAAGAUAAAGGAAAAGCACCCAAAGAGGAAAUGAAAAGUGUCUGGGAUCAGAAGAAGGGUGUUCCUGAACAAAAGACACAGAACGGAGAACGUGAACUCGCUGCCCCAAAACUUAAACCUACUGAGAAUGCUUUUGGACGCUCCAAUUUGAGAGGGACUGCAAAUGCCGAGGAAUCGAAGCCAGAGGCUCUAAAGCGACUAGAAGAUCAGCGCCGUCGUCGAGGUGAGAAUGACAGUGAGGAGCUAGAGAAGUUAAAGGAGAAGCAGCAGGAGGCAGCAGCAGAGCUGGAUGAACUGAAGAAAAGGAGGGAGGAGCGCCGGAAAAUCCUGGAGGAAGAGGAGCAGAAGAAGAAGCAGGAGGAAGCUGAAAGAAAAGUCAGAGAAGAGGAGGAAAAGAAGAGGAUGAAGGAAGAAAUUGAAAGAAGAAGGGCUGAAGCUGCUGAGAAACGUCAAAAGAUACCAGAAGAUGGUGUAUCUGAAGACAAGAAGCCAUUUAAAUGUUUCAGUCCUAAAGGUUCAUCUCUCAAGAUCUAUUUCGUAAUACUGUUCACUGUAUGUGUCAAACAUUUUAAAUACUUUGCAUGGAGUUUGUGUGAUGUGCAGUGGAUAAAUGACCUUUAGAUGUUGCUGUGCAGUCUAAAUGUAUUUGACCUGUAUGUUGAAUACACGUGUGUAUACUGGUUUGUUUGCUCUAUGUGUGUUCAAUGUCUGCUUCUGCUUCAUGUAUGCUGUGUUUUGAGGAAGAUGCUUUAGAACAAAUUCUCAUAUACAUGUGCAGAAAAUUUUUAUCCCUCCAUACAAGGCACCUGCUUCCUCAGCCAGAGUAUCUUGCUGAGCUCUGAGGGUUGCUUCCUAACUCUGCUUUCCUGUUUAUUUUCUGUUUUGCUUCCUCACUCUCCUCUUCUGAACAAUCCCUGACUUACUCCUGAUACCACACCAAGUGCUCUGAGAACCACUGUUUCCAGUGGGUAAAGAAUGACCCCACUUUUGUGCCUUUUUACUACAAUCCCAAGAAUACAUAUCCCUCCUCCCUCCCACCUAUGCCCCUCUUUCACUAGUGCCUGCUGAAGCCUGGUUUUCCUGCUGUGCAGAAGCAUUUCUCUUACCUGCACAUGAAAGACUACGAAGAUUCUGUAAAUUGAUUGUUAGGUGGUUACCUUGAGUCCUAGUUCUUUGAGGUAGUGCAUAUUAUUUUGUCCUUGCUGCCCACCAGGGUUUCACUGAUGCAGUUGUGGACAGACCAGGGAGAAAGUACAGGCUCUUGCUGGUACAACUCAUCGUUUCGAUGCAUCGCUGGUUAUGACCCAGAAAUCAGCACUGGGGGAAACUUCCACUAUAUCGUACUAGAAGAGAGGAGACGUGUUUUGAGUUAUCAUCCUUGGUCUGUUUAGUCACUUUUAAUCCAAUCAUUUACUUCCUCGUUUUGUGGCAGCGCCUCUGGGCGAAACUAAGCUGUAACCCGUUCCGGCAGGCAGAAGACCCGCCUGGUCUUUUGCUGCCACCUUGUGACAUCAGUUCACUGAAACACUUGGGAUCUAUCCUAGCAAAGCCCAUCUUUCCACUCAGGACUGCUUUUAAGUCCCAUAUUAGCAACUAAAACUGUUAACAUAAAUCACCAUGUAAAUUAUAUAUAUAUUUAGAGCUUCAGAGGUGCCUUUGAGCUGGAUGGAUGCUAGCUGGAGUUCCUCCAGUGAGCUUGUUUGGCAAAUUCUGCAGUGAAGUGAACUGCCUGAGUUUUUGCUUGUGUGGGCUUAAGAAAUAAAACAUUCAUACCCUUUGAAGGGAUUGGUGUAGGAUUUAUUGCUCUGGUACAGCCUGCAUGCUAAAUGCACUGAGGAGAACCAUUUAAAGAGAUGGCUGUCACUGCCUUAUUUCAAAGGCAUGAAUGCCACAGCAGUCACUGUUAAAGUAAAUUGAAAAUAGAGAACCCUUACUGAGACUGGGGAAUCUCCAGGAAUCUAGCCACGCUGAUUAUUAGUCAUUUCAAUACCUUGGAGCUGCUUACAUAUAUUUUAUUUUGAGUGAAAGUGUAGAGCCUUGGAUGAGAAGUGAAGCAAUGUAAUAUAGAAGAGACUUGAGGAAGUCUGAUGAAAAUAUUUCUUGACCCAGAAGACAAAUUGACACACACACCCAUCCACCCAUCAUGAAAUAUUUUAAAACUUUAUUCGCUCUUUGUUUUCAAAGUAUUGAGAGAUUUGACAGAAGUCAUAUGAGACCUUCAUGAUUUCACUUCCCUGGAAACAUCACAAUAUUUUCCUGUGCACAGAGUAGAAAAUAAGGACGAAAUGUAAGAUAUCAGUUUGUAUAAUAACAGCUGGAGGAUAUUGACUCAGCAGUGACCCUGCCUGAACACAAGCAGAGUUUAGUCUGAUUGGUUUCUUGGAGUUCAAAUUAAAUUGUUAGUGUCCUCCAAAAACAUACUUGAGAGAGGGGAUGUGGCUGACAUCCAAACCUGGCUUAGUCUGAUGUCUCAAUUCAGUAAAACUUUAUUAAAUUUGCUGUAUUUCUCAAGAGGUACAUAGCUUUGAUGUAGAUUUGGUGUACAUCAACCCCUUCCAUAAGAUAAACUUCUUCCCUUUUCUACUUUCUAUGUUGGUCAUUUAUUCUCUUGUUACAAAUGAGGCACUGAAGAAAUGUGUAGGAUGCAAACAUUCAUGCAGAAAAUACAUCCACCUUUAUGAAUCUGUAUCAUAAUAGGUUGCUAUCUAUGAAACAUUUGUGUGUGUCUGUGAUGAUUUCUGUUGGAAUGUAUCUCUUUCAGACUUUUUGACAUUUAAAAUGACAUUCUAGCCUGGCCUUUUGCACAGGCUGCUUCUUUAUUAACCUGAAACUU